AUGGCUCGGCUGCUCCGCACUCGCGGCGGCGCACCCGGACCAGGCGUCGACUUUGCCGCGCUCGAGGCCGCGAGCGGCGUCCGCCUCUCGUGGCACCUCUGGCCACACGCGGCGGGAGCGGACGCGCUCGGAGCGCCGCUCGGCCUCCUCUUCUCUCCGAUGAGGGCGAUCGACGGGCUGCAGACCGUGAGGCGAGAGCCGGUCACGUGCGGCUCCUGCGGCGGGGUGCUCAACCCGUUCUCGCAGAUGGACCCGCACGCGCGCCGCUGGCGGUGCCCGCUCUGCGGAUCGUGGUCGCCCUUCGAUGGCCAUCUGCUCACGGCGACGGCGCCGCCGCUCGAGGUCUCGCACGAGCACGCGACGGUCGAGUAUGAGAUCGGCCCUCCGCGCGACGACACGCCCGCGCCGCUCCUCGUCGCCUUCGACCUCUCCGUGCGCGCGGAGGAGCGAGGCCACCUGCUGCGGACAGCGCAGGCGUGGCUAGACCAGCUGCCGGCCGAGACGCCGAUCGGCGUGAUCACUUUCGCAGAGGCGGGGCACCGCAAGGGUACGGAGGGGCACCGCAAGGGCGGCAUGGGAGGCGGCGUGGGAGGCGGCGCCGCUCCGCAGGGCUGGCCGGGCGGCCCGUCCGUCGGCGGCGCGGGUGCGAUCGUGGACUCGGACGCCGGCAGCACCGUCCGUUCGCACAAGGAGCUCGAGGCCGGCUCGGCGCGAGCAACGGCGGCGGCGGAGCACUACGACGCUCUCGGGCGCGCCGCCGCCGCGCGAGGCCACGGUGUGGACGUCGUCGCUGCGUCGCUCGAGGAGGUUGGCUUGUACGAGAUGAAGUCGCUGCUUGGGAGGACGGGGGGCGCGGCGCUGCAGGGCGAGUCCUUCCAAGACUCGCACCUUCUCGACUCGCUGCGGCGGCUGUACGCGCGGGCGCCCGACGGCUCCGUCGGGAUGGGGUUUGGAGCGCAGUUCGAGCUCACCGCCGGCCGCGACUGCGAGGCGAUCGAGCACAUCGGCGGCGGCGGCGGCGCUGCCGGCGAGCCGGAGGGGCUGUCCGUUCGCGAGUGCGGCGGCGCUCGCUCCUUCGCGUGGGAGGGCGGCAGCCUUGCUCCGCACACCCUUUCUCCGCACACGUGCGUCGGCCUCACCCUCACCCCCGCCAAGAAGGGCGGCGGCGCUAGCGUGAUGCCGCAGCACCAGCUCCUGCAGCUCUCGGCGCGCUACAGCACCGCGGGAGGGCGGCGCGUGCGGCGCGUCACCACGUUGAGGCUGCCGAGGCUCACGCAGUCGUACGACGCGAAGAGCUUGCUUCCUGCGCUGGACCAGCAGGCGGUGGCGGCGCUGCUGGUGCGGCAGGCGGUGGCGAAGGCGAACUCGGGCGCCUCUGCUCCGGAGAUGCUGCGGUGGAUCGACCGGCUGCUCAUCAAGACGAUGAAGACGCUCUGCGCGUACUCCAAGGGCGACCCCGGCUCGGUGGCGCUGCCGCCCGCCGCAGGCAUCGUCCCGGGGUUCGUCUUCCACUUGCGGCGCUCUCCGGUGCUCCGCACUUCCGGCGCGUCUCCCGACCGAACCACCUUCUUCCGCCUCCUCGCCUCCACCCUCGACACCUUCUCGUCGCUGCUGCUGGUGCAGCCCACGCUGCGCGGCUUCCGCGUCGGGUCCGGAGGCAGCGCCCCCCUUCCCCUCGAGCCAACCUCCGUCACGCCCGACCGGCUGCUUCUCCUCGACUCGUUCACGCAGCUCGUCGUGUGCAAGGGCGGCGCCCUCGCCCUCGCCGCCCGCAGUCCAGGCUCACCGCCGGCGGAGGAGGUCCAGCAGCUGACCGACGCGGUGGCGGCCGAGGCGGCGGCGCUCGGGGCGGCUCGCUUCCCGGCGCCGCUGCUGAUCGAGUGCGAGCAGGGCUCAUCCAAGGCGCGCUACCUGGCGCAGAAGGUGAACCCGGACGUGCCCCUCUCCGCCUUCCUGCAGGGGCUGUACCGCGCCAUCGUCGAGUGACGCGCGGCGCACACGGCAUUGAUUGAAGGGGGUCGCACACGUGCCCUCGAGCCCUCGGCCUCACCGUUGGUGUCGUGUCGCCUUGCGCGUGCAGCAAGCGAUCUACAGCGCAUCGCGUCAAAAACUUCGUAACUC